GAAACAGAGAGAGACUAGCAGAAACUGGUAAGCGUAUUUAAUUUUCACAACCCACCUUCCCCUCUUAUUCUUUACUUUCCUUCUCUGGUAUCUACACUUUCAUAAAAAAAUUCACAUCCUUGUUAAAUGGGUUCACCUUACAAACCCUUUACCAAGCAAAACUCAGAUUCAGCUCAAACCCAUCCAAUCAUGGCCAAAGCUUCCUUUUCCGGCUAUUUCAAAAUCCUUACUUUCCUCAUUUUAUGCUUCAAAACCAUAUCAGCAGACUCAAACGCCUCUUUUUUUUUCAAGAGAUUUGAUAAAGAUCCAAACUUUGACUCCAGCAUUGCUUUAUAUGGAGAUGCAAAGGUUGUUGGUGAAAGGGCUUCGGUUCAACUCACCGCUUCAGUGAGUAAAAGUGCAGGGAGAAUCAUGUACAGGAAACCCAUGAAGCUUGUUGAAGGUAAACCUAGGCAAUUGGCUUCUUUCUCCACCUACUUUUCAUUUUCAAUGUCUCAUGAUAAAGGGGAUGGCUUGGCUUUUGUUAUGGUUACCAAUGGUUUUGAUGCAAAUGUUUUUGGUAAUAGCUCAUUUGGGUUUCCUGUAGAAUUUGGGAUAAGUGAUUCUAGGAUUAUUGCUAUUGAAUUUGAUUCCUUCAAGGAUGCUAGGUAUGCUGACUUGAAUGAGAAUCAUGUGGGAAUUGAUGUUGGUAGUCUUAAAUCAGUGAAAGUAAGAAAUGCUUCUAGCAUCAACAAUAUGAUAUUGAACAGCGGUGAAAGACUGCAUUCUUGGAUUGAUUAUGAAUCGGGUUCGAGGAGAUUAGAGGUUAGAUUGAGUAAGUCUGGUGAUAGAAAGCCAGUUGAUCCAUUGCUCUCAUAUCCAAUUGACUUAGCAAAAAUGUGGCAAGAUAGUGAGGAAGUGCUUGUGGGCUUAAGUUCUGCUAGUGGAAAUUCUUCUCAGACAUGUUUUCUCUAUUCUUGGAGCUUCAAUCUAAGGCAUAUACCACAUUGGAUGCAUUCACAGCCGCUCGACCCUGAAGCUUUCACUAAGAAGCUAAAUCCUCUUGGAAUUCACAAGAGCAGUGUCUGUAUUUUGAAAAUGCUUGCUGCAAUGAUAUUUGGCGCUGCUUGCGGGGCACUAGGUGCAUUUGUUGUGUUGUAUCUGUGGACUGUAUUUGGGAAUCGGCGACCUGUUGUGCCGGAGGAGUUUGCUGCACAUCAUGUGGAUUUUGAUUUCAAGAAAGUUAAGGUAGUAGUAGACAAAGCCAUCAAAGAUGGUAAGAAAGUAAGUGCUUGAAGUGGGCUUGCUGUUGGAUGUUUUGUAUUGUAAAUUCAUGUCCUUUCUGUAUUUGGAUCUGCAGGUUUCUUUUGUGUGAAUUUAGCUGAUGAUCAAUUGACAAAAUGUAGUUCUUGUUACGUAUUGUCUAAUGAUCAAUUGUCAAAUUCUGGGCCAGUGCAUUACUCGACUCUUCUUAUAUAUAGCCUUGUCAGUUUUUCAU